CUUAAAAAGUGAGAGAUGAUGAGCAUCUUGGACUUAAGGAGACACACAGACGGGAGACGGGAGUGCACUGUCCAGGUCAAGUUAGAGCUGGGACACCGUGCCCAACUGCGCAAGAAGCCCACCACGGAGGGGUUCACCCACGAUUGGAUGGUGUUUGUCCGUGGCCCCGAGCAAUGUGAAAUCCAGCACUUCGUGGAGAAAGUGGUCUUCCGGCUGCACGACAGCUUCCCCAAGCCCAAGCGCGUGUGCAAGGAGCCCCCUUACAAAGUGGAGGAGUCGGGUUACGCGGGGUUCAUCAUGCCCAUCGAGGUGUACUUCAAAAACAAGGAGGAGCCCCGGAAGGUUUGCUUCACCUAUGACCUGUUCCUGAACCUGGAGGGCAACCCGCCUGUGAACCACCUGCGCUGUGAGAAGCUCACCUUCAACAACCCCACCGUCGAGUUCCGGUACAAGCUGCUGAUGGCUGGCGGGGUGAUGGUAAUGCCCGAAGGAGCAGAAACGGUGUCCAGGCCCAGCCCCGACUACCCCAUGUUACCCACAAUUCCACUCUCUGCCUUCUCUGACCCCAAGAAGACCAAACCGUCCCACGGCUCCAAGGACGCCAGCAGGGAGAGCAGCAAGGCCUGCAAGACCCACAAGACCGCCAAGGAGCACCGGGAGCGGCCGCGCAAGGACUCCGAGGGCAAGGCCCCGUCCAAGGAGCCGGAGCGCGAACAGGCCAGGAGCGCCAAGGACGCUGCGCGGAAGCUGGGCGAAGGCCGGCCACCCAAGGAAGAGAAGGCCCCACCGGCCAAGGCCGCGUUCAAGGAGCCCAAGAUGGCCCUGAAGGAGACCAAACUGGAGAGCAUGUCCCCCAAGGGCGGGGCCCCCCCCCCCCCCCCCCCCCCCAAGUCUUCCAGCAAGCGGCCAGCCGCCGCCGACUCCCCCAAGCCCAGCGCCAAAAAGCAGAAGAAGAGCAGCUCCAAGGGGUCCAGGAGCGCCCCCAGCACCUCGCCCCGCACCUCGUCUUCCUCCUUCUCGGACAAAAAGCCAGCCAAGGACAAGGGCAGCGCCAAAGGGGAGAAGGUCAAGACCGAGAGUGAGCCCAGGGAGAUCAAAAAGCCCCCAGAGGUGGAGGAGUCCAACUCGGAGGACGAAGCCUCCUUCAAGACAGAGUCUGCACAGUCAAGCCCCUCCAAUUCCAGCUCCAGCUCCGACUCGAGCUCGGACUCGGACUUCGAGCCUUCCCAGAACCACAGUCAAGGACCCCUGCGCUCCAUGGUGGAGGACCUGCAGUCCGAGGAGUCCGACGAGGACGACUCUUCGUCAGGCGAGGAGGCCUCUGGCAAGACGAACGCUGGGAGGGAUUCCAGGUUGAGCUUCAGUGACAGUGAGAGUGACAACAGCGCCGACUCCUGCCUGCCCAGCCGAGAGCCCCCUCCCUCCAAGAAACCACCCCCACCCAACAGCAAGGCAUCAGGCCGGAGAAGCCCGGAGUCCUGCAGCAAGCCCGAGAAGAUCCUCAAGAGGGGCACCUAUGACAAGGCCUACACGGACGAGCUGGUAGAGCUGCACCGGAGGCUGAUGGCCCUGCGGGAGCGCAACGUGCUGCAGCAGAUCGUCAACCUGAUCGAGGAGACCGGCCACUUCAACGUCACCAAUACCACCUUCGACUUCGAUCUCUUCUCCCUGGACGAGACCACCGUGCGUAAGCUGCAGAGCUACCUGGAGGCCGUGGCCACAUGACCCUGGGCCGGGUGCCGGGCCCUGUUCGCUGGGGCCCUGGGCGGCCGCAUCCGGGCCCCGCCUUCCUCCUCCUCUCUCGACUCACCCACCCGCAGCACUGCCUUAGUGACCGCCCUGUCCUCGGCCCGCACGGCCAGCUGCACUUUCCUCGUCGGCUCCCGGCCCGCCCUCCCCACCACCUUAGCGGGAGCCCUGAGGCUGAGGGGGGGCCGGCCAGUGCCGCUGCUCCCCAACACGCAGGGGCCGUCCCUGCACGCCCCCCGGAAAGCAGCGGGCG